AUGCCGGAGUUCGAUUUCACGCCCGGUAACCCCAAGCGUCCGACCGUCACCAGCAUCUCGAAUAAGCAAAUUGAUUCGACUAGUAAUGCAAAUUUUCAAACCAAAGACAAACGAGUUUUUGAGUGGGACAUGCUGGUCUUCGACGAUUCUAUGAUGCCUGUGGUUGUCGGGACAGGCGGUGACAGAGCAGACUUUCGUGUGCACAAAACGCUCUUUACAUCCAGGUCCAGAUUCAUCGAGCGCGCUACUAGCAAGGACUCACAAGGGAAGGAUGUAUUAGUCGUAUGGCUACUGGAUGAAAAUCCUCAAACUUUUCGUCUAUACCUCAACCUCGUAUACGCGAAUCAGCUGGCCACUAGAGGUCCUGACCAGUGGUUGAAGCUAUGUGAGCUAUACGGAUUGGCAGAAAGACUACAAGAUACCAAAUCCAAAAACCAGAUCGUUGAGGGAAUGUACGGUUUCUUGAAUGAGCUUCUCCUCAAACCCUGGUCACCUUCUACCAGAUCGAAAGAUUAUCUCCCUGCUGUAGCAACGGCAAUGCUGUUCGAGUGUAUGACCGAAAAAAGUCGGGUCAGGGCGCUCCUUGUGGAUUUCUACGCAGAAUUUGGUGACAAAAUCUUGCUUCGGGAGGCGCAGGCAAUGUUGCCGGCCGAUUUCAUCUACGAUGUUGCCGUCCGAUUGUUGGAAAAGCGCCCUCCGUCUUACUACUACGAAUUCAAGAUUUCUUUGCCAGAGAAUACUGGCACUGUCACCAAAGAAACAAAGGAAGCCUCGGUAGACGAAAGGAGCGACACGGUCAAGGUUGCUAAAGCAGUGGAGAAGGAUACUACAAGAGUGGACGGAAAUUCCAAAGAUACCAAGCCGGAACCGAAGAUCGGAAGUAUAUUCGGUGCAGCUUCUGAUGUGGGGGUACCGGCUGCUGAUAAUACACUACCAAUCCUCAAAGGGCUCGCAACGACGGUGAAAUGA